UUUUCCAACAUCAAAUUUUCAGUUUCGGUGAAAAAUGUCAACCAAAUUUUUAAAUACAUAAAAAUUCGCUAAUAAAAUCCAAAUUCUCUGCCAGAAAAUAAAAACAAAACACACAUAUAUAUUUACUAAAACAACCACAACAACAACAGAAACAAGCCGAUUCUCGAUUGCGUGUGUAUAUGAGAAACUAAGGCAGGUGAACGCACAAAACGCAGCGAAUCGCAGCCGAAUGACGAAGGGCAUAUUGAAAAAUGUUCGACGAACGUUGAGUAUUUGCUUCAAUUUCAUUUUAGCUUGUUGCUACGAAAUACUACCGUUAUUUGCAAUAACAACAACUCAAUAUGCAGAAUAUGUGGAAGCGAAGGCAGCAGCAGCAACAGCAACAACUAUGACAACUACAACAAUUGCAACAACAACGCAUGGCGUACGGCGCAGCAGCAGCGAAAACAAAAAGAACAACAACAACAACAAUAAGAACAAAAACAAGAGCAGCAGCAGAAAUAGUAGCGGCAGCCAGGAAAACAAUAGCCACAACAAGAAGAUAAACAAGCCUAACAAAGCCAAUAGCAGCGUUGAAAACCCAACAAACGCAAACAAUGAAGCCUACCACGCGGCGCUCGAACGUGGGCUGAGCGAGGUGGAAAUGCCCGAAAAGUUGAGGCAGCGAACCCACUCAAGCGAGCGAGCGACCAACGCCGACAACAGUAUGGGUAAUACGCAAACAACAAACAAUGGCACCGCAGCUCAUGAGCCGCAAACGCCAACAAAUGGUGCAGGUGGUGGUGCUGGUGGCACGCUGAAGAGUCGACGUGGCAGUCGAGUGAAAGUUUUUGCACGUUUCAGCCAAAGGAAACAAGCGCAGCAGCAGCAACAGCCCGCAUCCGCGUCCAAGGAGACCAUUGUCGCCACACCCACAUCGACUUCCGCUUACGAUGACUCGAUCGAGGAGGAGCUGCUGAUGCUCCGGCAAAGUCAUGCGUCUGUGAUAAGGCAAUUGGAGGAUGAACAAAUGGAUUUUCGAAAAACCCAAAAACCACAAACGACAAAGAAAAAGAUAUCGAGGCUCUUCAGCAGAAAAGUGGAACAUGAGACGAUGGCAGUGGAGACGGCGACAGCAGAAGAUAACAAAAAACUGACAGGUACCAAACCAAAGCGGCUCGCACCGAAACCGCCUGAAACAAAAGAAACACCGACAAUUGCACCAAAAGCAAGUACAACAAGCACAGAACAAGCGAUAACCGCAACGCAACAAGUGAAAACAACGAAAUUAACAACAGCAACGACAACAAGCAAAGAAACACAACCAACAAGUAAUUUCGAACGCACAGCACCCACAAGCCGAUCUCCAAAGCGAGAACGUGAAGAUCACCGUGAGUUCAUUGAGCAUCUCUUCGCUGCGGCCGACGGUAAUAGCGGCAGCGAAGUCAAAGCCAGCGACACCGCUGAGGCUACAGACGAAGAGCGAGAAUCGUUAGACUACGAUGAUGAAGACGGUGAGAGCGCUAACAACGCUAUACCGCGAGAGACAGCAGAACAUGUUAGAAGCAGCCAAGCAAAACAAACACGAAACCCGCCUGCCUUGGAAGCUGGCCAAACUGAGGAAUCAACAGUUCAUUCCACUGUAUCGCUGGAAGAGUUCCAAGCGCUACCAACGACGCCGACAAUAAACAACAACGCAGCCACCAAUUGGAAUGUCAACACAAAGCGAAAUGGCGACGGUUCGGCGACAACGACGACAUAUGUGAAACGCGUUGAAACGUCAAAAAGUCUCAUUGACAGCAACAACAGUGACACCAGUGACAAAGACAGCGACGCGACGCAAUCGAUUAAUGUAAUUGUUGCUGCCGAUUGUGGUCUAACCAAACCACAGCGAUACACAUAUCAAAGGAAUCACCACCAACGAGGUAAAGGUGAAAUUACGGCCACAGUGCAACAGUGUUUUGAUAGUGAAAAUUUGGAAAAAUCUGAAAAAUUACAAGAAUCCGAAACGUACGUGAACGAGAAGAGUGUAAAGAAUGCAAAGAAAUUGUGCGUCCGCAAGUUGGUCGUACAGACAGAAUCGUGGAAAACGGCGAAUGCCAUAAAACGUGUUGAAGUUCAAUAUCGUGGAGAGCAGCAAACGAAACAAGAACAAAAACCAGAACAAGCGGCAGAAAGUGCAAUUACACGCAAAGCAGCCACAGACGCACUCGAUGAAGGUGAAGUCUAUGAUGAGUACAACAACAUGCUCAUCACCUCCGGUCGCCAUAGUGCACGGCAACAGCCACAACUACAACAACAGCAUCAACAACAACAACAACAAAACUAUGAUAUUGUACUACUUAAGGAAUUGUCAACUAGUUCUGAUUCACUCUUUACAGACCCCAUAUCACCGCGUAGCAUUGGCGAAGAACAACAACAACAGCAACAACAACACAGCGCAGAGACAACAGCAAAUGAAUCGGACAAACGUACACAUCUGCGCACAUUUAAUCGCUUGGCAGCGCGCGGUCUCAACGAUUUGCCAACGCUUAUCAAAGAUCGUCCGAUCAGCGAGAUCAGCAUAACAUCGGCCGACACUUCGGGUAUACUCUCGCCGACAACAGCACGUGCUGUGCACGAGCUACAGCGGCGUCAUCGCGCCGAUAAGGUAGCGCAUUUGUCCGUCUCACAAACGACAUACUUGGAAUUAGCGCCCGAUACGAGUCCCGAGCUCGAGUCGGACAGUCCGGAUGAGCAGAUGGCCUUGCAAUUGGGUAAGAAAUUGGCACAAGUGCUGAGUAGCAGCGGUAGUAGUGGCAGCGCAGCGACUGUGACGCCACAAGAUAAUGCUGCCAGUGUGGGCAGUGUGGGCGGUGCGGAUCUCUUCGGUAACCUAGCGAAGACCAAGAAAAUUGAAUUGCAUAAUCUGUCGUCGCGUCUGGGUACGGCAGCAACCACAACGCCGACUGAGGAGAAGACAGAUGCCAGCGCAACGAACAGCAAACAGUUGCCGCCUUCGACAGAAACUCAAUCAACCGUUAUAAUUUCGUUUAAAUCAUCGCAAACACCUGUUCAGUCUCAGCAACAGUUACAAACGCCAGCACCAGCAACACCACCUCCUCCAACGGCAAGAACGAAACGGGAAACCGCUAGCGUGUAUACCCCGACCACAACCACAGCGUCAGCGGCGGCAAUAGCAUCGGAAGUUGCUGCAUCAACGCCUACAACGUUGGGAUCCACAGAACCAGGCGCUCUAACACCUUUGACACCCGCCACACCGACAACAACAACAACAGCAACAACGACACUUAGCAACAAUGUACUCAAACGAGUCGCUACAUUCACCGCUGAGAAGGCAGCCGCUACAGCCGCUGCCAACGCUAUUAACGCCAGCAAUGCAAAUGGUGGCAGUGCGAGCGCCAUCGGCAUGGCCGCCACGCAUUUGGAGUAUAUCACCGGCUGUCGGCGUCUAUCUUAUGUGCCGGAGAAGUUAAGCUUCGCUGCGUAUGAAAAGUUUGAAGGUCAAAUGCUCAUGAAAUGGCUGAUUUCAUCGCUGCAACAAUCGGGCAGUAAUCUCAAUGAACAAGACUUGAAUAAUCUAACAAUACAGUAUUGUAACAAUCUAAUCAAUGUGGGUGUGUUGAAGCAGAUCUCCGAGGAAACGGAUAUUAAAAACUUCAGUCCCUAUUACAUGUACCAAUGGACGCAUACGGAGGCGCCAACCACAUCUGUACCGCUUACUCCAGGCAGACUGGACACAGUCGCCGUUUGGCCACAUUGCAGUACGCCCAGCACAGUGCCGCGCAUACCGAAGGGCGUACAAGUGGACACCACCACGGGCGAUCUCACAUUUCAACAGAAUCUCCGCAAGCGACUGCUUGCCUGUGGCAAUCUAACCGAAGUGCAUACUGUGGUCAACGAACUGCUGACCGCGAGCGAAAUGACACGGCGUCCAUCAAAACGCUGCAUAGAAUUAACAGAUCUGCUAAAUGCUAGCGAAGCCACCAUUUACGAAAUUGAAAAACCCCUAGUAACACCAGCAAGCCAGGUAGCUGCGAUAACCAGUCAACCAGUACAGGAUACAGCAAUACAGACUGAGGAGGUAUUAGUAACGGCCACAAUCACUUGCCCCGUAUGCAAAGCAAAAGCGAAAGAAACCAGUGAUCGGGAGAUGCAGACGGAAAGCGAAGAAGCGCCGAAGGCACCUAAAACGCCACCACCGCCGCCUCCACCAUUUGAUGCACUAGCGAAACCACCUCCUCCGCCGCCGCCGCCUCCACCAGCGCUAAUAUCAACAGCAGCAGCAGGACCACCGCCGCCACCACCGCCUCCUCCGCCACCAGGCAUGAAUGCACCUGCACCGCCGCCACCACCACCACCAGCGCUGGGAGCUCCUGGUGGACCGGCUCCACCACCGCCACCACCUGCGCUGCCGCCACUCAAUAUUUCAGCUGUACCACCACCCCCGCCGCCCGGUGCGCCAAAACCACCCUCAUCUGCCACACCAGCGCCACUGCCAAACCCAACCGAAGGUGCUUGGUUUCACACCACGAAUACACUGCGUAAGACUGCCGUUAACCCACCCAAACCGAUGAAGCCGCUUUACUGGACACGCAUAGUCACUAGUGGGCCACCACCCAGACCGCCGCCGCCGCAACCAAGUACAGACUCUAGCGGCAGUGGUAGUUCACCUGAUGAUGCCACAGACUCGACGACACCCAAAGAAAUCUGGCAGGAAAUUGAAGAGACAAGUCUCGAUAACAUCGACGAAUUCACCGAACUUUUCUCGCGUCAAGCAGUGGUGCCCAUCAGCAAACCCAAAGAGAAGAAAGAGGUGCGUGUCAAGGCAAUGAAGGUGCUGGAUAGCAAACGUUCACAAAAUGUCGGCAUCGUGUCGCGCAGUCUACAUGUGGACAUCUGUGAGAUCGAACACGCCAUCUACCAUGUGGAUACAUCGGUGGUAAGCUUAGAGACCCUACAACAGAUUAUCAACAUCAAAGCGACAAAUGAGGAAUUGGAACUGAUCAAGGAGGCGGCACAAAGCGACAUACCGCUAGACUAUCCCGAACAAUUUUUACUCAAAAUCUCACAGAUCUCAAUGUCUACGGAACGCAUAUCAUGCAUUGUCUUCCAAGCCGAAUUCGAAGAGGCGGCCACGGUAAUUGCGCGCAAAUUGGAAGUUGUCACACAACUUUCACAAUAUCUGAUCGAGAGCGAAGACUUGAAGCUGGUAUUCACGAUAAUACUAACGUUGGGCAACUAUAUGAAUGGUGGCAAUCGACAGCGUGGUCAAGCUGACGGUUUUACAUUAGAGAUUUUAGGUAAACUUAAGGAUGUCAAAUCGAAGGAAUCACACACAACACUGCUGCAUUUCAUCGUGCGUACCUAUAUAAGUAGGCGUCGCAAGGAAGGCAUACAGUUGCUGGAAAUGAUAUUACCCAUACCAGAACCAUCGGAUGUGGAGCGUGCUGCGCAAGUGGACUUCGAUGAGGUUAAACAACAGAUAAUGGAGUUACAUAAGAAACUGAAAGCCAAUCAAAAAACCACAGAACGCGUUGUAAUCGCCUCAACGCCUAACACUUUAGAGCCAUUUAAAUCGAAAAUGGAAGAGUUUAUCGAAGGUGCAACGAAGACGAUUGAUAAACUCUACAAGGACUUGGAUGAGUCACGCACGACUUUCAUCGAGACAAUGCGUUUCUAUCAUUUCACACCCAAAUCACGUGCGCUGGAGCAAUGCACACCCGAUCAGUUCUUUGAGUAUUGGACCAAUUUCACGAAUGAUUUUAAGGAUAUAUGGAAGAAGGAGAUAGCCACGCUGUAUGACGACUUGUUACGCAAGUCCAAGCAAAUACAAACACAAUCACGUAAAAAGGUGAAAACGACCAAAGUGACACCAGGCUGCCUUAAGGAACGUAUUUUGCGCUUGAGUAAAAAAUAAAUAUAUGCAUUAAAACAGUUCAAUUUUUAUUAGAAUGAGAAUGAGAAAAUUUGUUAGAAAUAUAAUUAUUUUACGAAAGCAUUCAUAUACACCCCUACUACAUUAAUAUUGCUCUAAAAGCUUUUUACGCAUUGUAUUUAUUAUAAUUGUAAUAUUAGCUAAGUAGCCUUAUAUAAUGAUUAGCCUUUAGACUAAAUUAAGUUUAUAUAAGAAAUAUUAUUUUUGUUCCAAUUUUUUUUUUUAAACUACAAAAAAUAUUUAAUUCGAAAUUGUUAAAUAAAAACGCUUA